AUGGCAGUCAUAUACUCCAUACCCUCUGAGGCCAAGAAGCUGCUCCGAGAGGGCAUUCUAGCAAACCCGUUGAUUCAGAAGAACCUCCCUGCCGGCGCUUCUGAGGCCGCUGAGAAGGUGUCCUUCGUUGGCAGCAAUUCUCCGAGUUUGCCCGUCAACUGGCGUUUUGCGGAGAGCAUCUCUGCCCUCAAGGGAUAUGAAGCCGCCAUUCUCAACGUGCUUCUGAAGAAGAAGGCGGAGCUGGCCAAGUACUUCCCGAGCUGGGACAAGUACGACAGCAUGGGGAGCUGGUACCGCAUUGCUGCGACCAACAUAUACAAGACAAAAGACGGGAAGUUCUUCCAUCUUCACGGCUCGAUGAACCCUGAUCCGACACUCAAGUUCAUCGGCCUGCCACUGAACAUGGACUUUCCAACUCCGGAGGAAGCCAACGCAUACGUCCAGGACGCUGUGGCAAAACACACAGCCGAGGAGCUCCAGGCUCUGGCUGACGAGCACAAGCAAGCUGGCACCAUCUGCUGGACGAAGGAGGAGUUCAAGGCGUCCGAGCACGGAAAGGCCAACGCAGAGGCCGGCCUCUUCGAGAUCGAGGCGGUUGCCAACCCGAACCAGAAGCCCGGCUGGUGGACGCCGGACCCGCGCACCUCGGCGGCGCGCCCUCUGGCGGGCCUCAAAGUCGUCGACCUGACCCGCGUCAUCGCCGGCCCGACCAUCACGCGCAGCCUGGCCGAGCUCGGCGCCAGCGUCAUGCGCAUCACGGCGCCGCACCUCCCCGACAUGUCGAUGCUGCACCCGGACCUGAACCACGGCAAGUGGAACGCGUGCCUCGACCUGCGCGACGAGGCCGACAGGCACAAGCUCCGGGACCUCGUCCUCGGCGCCGACGUCUUCGUGCAGGGCUACCGGCCCGGCGUGCUGGACAAAUACGGCUUCGGCGAGGACGACGUGAUCCGGAUGUGCGAGGCCCGCGGCCGCGGCAUCGUGUACUGCGCCGAGAACUGUUACGGGGCGAUGGGCAACGACGAGCCUGUCACCCCUGUGUUCCCUAACUCGGAUUACUGCGCCGGGGUGUCCGGAGCUAUCGGUAUCAUCACGGCGCUACUUCGCCAGGCCGAGUACGGAGGCUCGUAUAAGGUGAAGGUAUGGCAGGACGUGUGGCAGCGCAACGGCUCGCCCGUUUUCCGGCACCACCACACUAUCCAGUACCUCUUGCCGAGGGUGCUUGGGGCAGUCCAGAAGAGCAGCGCCGACAAGCUCUUCAAGGAAGAGUUCUUUACCCAGUAUUUCGUGAAGUCUCUGGGCAAGACGAUGCGCAUCGUGGCCCCGAUCAUGCAGUACCCCAACGGGCAGAUGAAGCCUGGGUUCGACGUUGGGACUCGGACAAACGGCGUGGACGAGGCGAGGUGGCCCGAAGAUCUCAGCGUCGAGAAGGUUGAGUAG